AUGAACAACUAAAAUGAUGAUUAUCUGCCUUCAUUGCUAAAGGAAUUUCAGGGAACCGAAAAUGCAGAGGGACAGUUAUCUGAAUAACAAAAAGUUAAAUUGGGGAACCUAGGUUUGAUGACUCCAAUGAGCAAUACAUUAACAACAGACUUCGAGCAAAUGACAUUGGACACAUCACCUAAAGAAAGCGUAGUUAAUCAAAAUAACUGUCUCAUUAUAGACACUAUUGAUGAAUAAGAAGAAAAUAUAUUCAAAUUAUAAGUACAAGGGACACUUAGUGCUUAGAAACAUUAAAGUUUCAAGGUACCUAGAGAAUAAAAACGAAAAUCUCCAAAGCAUAAAACAUGUGAACCUCACCUGACUGAACCUCUUGGUUAAGGAAUUGAAGAAAAUUAAGAUGCAAUUUUAGAGAUGCAAUCCCCUAGCUCAAAUGAUACUCCUUUACUCAAUGCUCAGACUUUAUAGGUUAUAAAGGAACUGUGGAAUUCAGAAAAGAAUGAGUCUGAGUAUUUCCAGGACAUCAUUGACGGUCAUUCCAUCCCUCAAGGCUUGUCUUAUGAUUAUAGUUACCUCAACUAACCGCUCUACUCUCCACCUCUUGAAUCUCAAAGUCCUCAAGUUAAAUUUGAGCCAGAUGUUGAAAUGGAUCUUUAGGUGACCUCUUUAGUAGAUUAACUUUGGGGAAACCAGAUUGUAAGCCGCAAAUUGCAGAAGAUGUUGGAACAAGGGACCUAGGAAUAGAAGGAAUUGAUCACAUAUAAGUUGGAACGCAUCAGUCCAUAAAUUGAGAAGGACGUAUUUGGCAAUUACGUGGUUCAAAAAAUCUUUGAAUGCACUAAUCAAAAACUACAAUUGAGGAUGUUUAACAAAUUAAAGUCCCAUUUCUAUGACUUGUCCAAGAACAAUUUUGGAUGCAGAGUGAUGCAAAAAUUGAUUGAAUACACCUAUAAUCGUGAAGAUUUGUAAUUGAUUGUACUAUAGCAAUUACAAUCUAACAUGAGAUCUUUAAUCUAUGAUUUGAAUGGAAAUUAUGUCAUUUUUAAGAUGUUGGAAACUUAUGAUAAAUUAAAAAUGGAAUUUCUCAUUCCCAUUGUAGAAGAAUCUUUUAACUACAUGGGCUAAUAAAUAUAUGGCUGCAAAAUUAUUCAUAAAGUUAUAUAAUAAUACACUCCACAACAAAUAAGUAGAAUAAUUAGAUUAUCUGUGUAGAAUUAUAGUAUACUGAGUUAAACUGAAUAUGGAAACUAUGUCUUAUAGCAUAUAUUAUAAUAUUGGAAACCAAGCUAAGAAAAGGGAUAUUUAGUUCAAUUAGUUAUAUAACAAUUUUACUAACUUAGUGUUAACAAAUACGCAAGCAAUACUGUUGAACGAGCCUUGGAAGUCUUAGGUAAGCAAGAAUUAGUGGCAAUAAUGAAUUGGCUUGUAUGUCGAAAUCCAAAUUAAUAUUCAAGUAAUUUCGUCAUCUUAGCCAAUCAUCAAUACGCUAAUUAUGUUAUAAAGAAAUUUUUAGUUUUGAGUGAUCAUAGUGUACAAAAAUAUAUAUCAGAUCAUUUAUAAUAAAACUAAUCCGAAUUAACAGCCAUCAAAUCGACUGUGCAUGGUAUCAUCUGA